AUGGGUAUUUUAAGGAGGGAAUGUGCUGGCCAGAAGUUGUUUAAGAAGUCCGAGAGUCCGGACGUGACGGUAACGAUGGACGAGUGGACUCCAUUUACAGUAGACGAAAACACGGACGUCGAGGCAGAAGUUAAGCAGGCGAUAAAGGAGUAUAUCAGACUCGACAUUCUGCUCUUCCUGAGACUGGUGCUCACGGGGGUGUACGUGGUGGCCGUAAUUUUCAUAAUCUGCUUCUCAAUGUAUUUCAGCGACCUGAUAUACCUGAAAACAUCAAGGGUGCCGGUGCCAGACAGAUUUCACGAGAUCCUGGACCGGUUCAAGCACCCGUUCAACAAGCUGUUUUGCGACAUACUAAUGCAGUUAUUCUUCUCGGCGGCAGUCAUCAGGCUGGCGUUCUUCGCAACACACCUGUACGUCUAUCACGUAGCAAUCAGAAUAGUGCUGUUCAUAGGGACGGGGAACCUCAUCAAGUCAAUAUUCAUAAUUGUGACUACGAUACCCGCCUGCCAGUACAACUGUAACCCCCAGUUACACAACGUGACGUACAGAACGCUCUUCCUGAGGUUCUUCCAAGGAAUCACGGGCAUAGUGGACAAUUGCACUGAUUUAAUCAUAUCAGGGCAUUCAUUGUAUACAAUAUACACAUGCGUGUUGCUGUAUGAAAACACGAGGAACGUGGCCGUAAGAGUGAUAAGCGUGCUCUACGCAGCCUUUGUGCUAUUUCUGAUAGUCGCCUCCAAGUACCACUACGUCGUUGACGUGAUAUUUGGACUGUUCAUAGCAUGGUUUAUGCACUAUUUCUACUACUCGACACUCGACGACUACGGAGUCUACCUGUACAAUAAGAUUUACCACUCUAAAUCCAAGAAGUUCCAGGAGAUGAGGGUGAGGAGGUCCCACGAAGGGCUCUUUACCAAAUUCCUGGCAAAUUUGGAGAUGUUAGAGGAGCGCAUGGUAUUGGGCCAGAAGAUGAGGACGUUGUAUUUGUUAGUGAACAGCGAGAAGAAUCUAAUCGAUCCAAUGUUGCUGCGCAACUUCAAAAUCGUUGUGCACUUAUUCGGAGCGUACGAAUCCGAUGAUAUCACUACCUUAUACAGAGGGACAAAAAAAUUCGACUUAUACUACUGGAAAACCCUUUAUGACAUAGCCAAGAAAAAGGGAAACGUUCAAACUCACUAA